AAACUGGUGCUUCAGAAUAUUUUACUCAUAAAACAACCAAAAGUGUAAAAAGUAUUCAAUUUAAUGAGGUGUGUAGCAGGACUGGAAUGGGGAGCAGAUGAUCAAUCCAUACUGGGCAUAUAUUGUGCACUCCUUCGAUCUGUAAUAGAAUAUGGAUGUAUUGUAUAUGGAUCCGCAUCUUCAACAGUGCUUAAAAGACUAGAUACUAUACUAAGAUGUAUUAUGGGUGCUAUUAAAACAAUACCAAACAGCAAUGCAAGUGGAAUUGGGAGAAGCACCGUUAGAUGCAAGACGGAAAAUAUUAGCUAUGGCUUAUUGGGUUAAUUUGAGGGGACAUAAGAUAGAUCAUCCUGCAAAAUCUGUACCUGAAGAAAGCUGGGAAACAACUAACCUUACUGGAUCAGGAUUUGCAUGGAAAGCAAAGGAAUGGGUGCAGAAAUGUCACUUUUGUGAUGUACAAUUUUUGCACCAAUAAUUACAAUACCCCCAAUACCUCCUUGAUUUUUCAGUCAACUUGUAGUUGACCUACAAAUACAUGAUAGUAUUCAAAAAGGGGGGAGUGGAAGUGAUAUUAAGAGUUACACAAUAGAAUAUGUUAGAACUGUACAUUAUGCAUUUCUUCCGGCAUACACUGAUGGCUCUAAAAAUCCACAGACAGGACGAACAGGAGCGGCAUUCUGUGUUCCAGAAUUUAAGAUGGGGAAUUAUGGAAGAUUAACUGAUGGGACAUUUUGCUACAGAAUUGGUAGCAAUUCAGAUGGCGCCUAGUUGGGUAGAGGAAGUGAUGCCAAAUAACAUACGCCUUCAAACAUACCAGUCAAGUCGAUGGGACAUCAUUACAGAAAUUUUGAUCAUACUAAAGAAAGUGGGAACUGUAGUUCAUUUUGUAUGGAUACCAGCGCACAUGGGAGUAGGUCAGAAAGGGAAAGCAUCAUUUUGGAAGCUAGUAACAGUAAAUGGCAGGAGUAUUGGAAUCAGUGUAAGACAGGGAGACAUUUUUUAAAUAUACAAAAUAGUAUAAGACCAAACAAAAUCAUGCAAAACUUAAGUAGAGAAGAACAGAUCAUAUUUACUCGUUUAAGGAUGGGUCAUACAAAUCUUAAUUCUACUCUUUACCUCAUAGAUAAGCACAAAACAGGAAACGGUUGAACAUGUGUUGUUAAUAUGUCCCAAGCAUGUACAUGAAAGGAAAGAACUGCACCGAGAAAUAGUGACUGCUGCAUGUCAUGAACUGACAAUUACAAGUAUUUUAAAUACAAGGAAAUUUAAUGGAAAAAUUAUAAAUUAAAUUCAUAAGAAACAGUGGACUUAAAACCAGGAUAUAAGAAAGCAUUUGUUUAAGCCUGCACUGAAGUUUCUUCACGCUCCAGCACAGGAGGUGGAGGUAUGCACCUAAAAAGUCGGAUUGCAACCCGGCAUAAAUCCACUGAAGACGAAGAAGACGAAGGCGUCAUCGUCAUCACUUUGCGCCGGAAGAAUCUGCAUUCUGAGAUGAAGGCGUAAUACACAACCAAAAUGACAGCAACACACUGUGGUUAUCGUAACAGUUUUUCGCUUUCACGAAUGACGAGGCAUUCGUAAAAAAUAUAUAAAUAUAUAUAUGUUCUCUGAAGUCGUUUAAAACGGAAUAUAUAUGUCAACAUGUCUUUCUUUGUAGAUUCGGUAAUUAUGUUCACUUCCCAGGUGCUGUUUUUCGGAUUUGGUUGGCUGUUUUUUAUGCGGCAGUUAUUUAAAGAUUAUGAGGUGCGACAGUACGUGGUGCAAGUGGUUUUCUCGGUCACGUUUGCAUUCUCUUGCACAAUGUUUGAACUCAUCAUCUUUGAAAUCCUCGGAGCAUUAAGUAGCACGUCCAGAUAUUUUCACUGGAAGCUGAAUUUGUAUGUUAUAUUGCUGGUUCUAAUCUUUGUAGUGCCUUUCUACAUUGGCUACUUUGUGGUCAGUAACAUACGUUUGUUGCAGAGACAGAGGUUGUUGUUUGCAUGUGUUGUUUGGUUCACCUUCAUGUAUUUUUUCUGGAAACUUGGAGACCCUUUUCCCAUAUUAAGUCCAAAACAUGGUAUUCUGUCUAUAGAGCAGCUCAUCAGCCGUGUCGGGGUCAUUGGGGUCACACUAAUGGCUCUGCUGUCCGGAUUUGGUGCUGUGAACUGCCCCUACACCUACAUGUCCUAUUUUCUGAGGAAUGUAACCGACAGUGACAUCCUGGCCCUGGAGAGACGGCUGCUUCAGACCAUGGACAUGAUAGUCAGUAAAAAGAAAAGAAUUGCCAUGACGAGGAGGCAGAUGUACCAGCGAGGAGAGGACCAAAACAAACAGACUGGAUUCUGGGGGAUGCUCAAGAGCGUCACUUCAUCUCCUUCAGGCAGUGAGAAUCUGUCUCUGAUCCAGCAUGAGGUAGAUGCUCUAGAGGAGCUCAGUAGACAGCUCUUCCUGGAGACAGUGGACCUACAGGCUACCAAGGAGCGGAUAGAAUACUCAAAGACAUUUCAAGGAAAAUACUUCAACUUUUUGGGGUACUUCUUCUCCAUCUAUUGUGUGUGGAAGAUAUUCAUGGCCACCAUCAACAUAGUCUUUGACCGCGUGGGGAAGACUGACCCAGUGACGAGAGGGAUUGAGAUCACAGUCAACUACUUGGGAAUUCAGUUUGAUGUAAAAUUCUGGUCUCAGCACAUUUCUUUUAUCCUGGUCGGAAUCAUCAUCGUCACCUCCAUCCGAGGCCUUUUAAUUACUCUCACUAAGUUCUUCUAUGCCAUCUCUAGCAGCAAGUCAUCUAAUGUAAUAGUGCUGGUCCUGGCCCAGAUCAUGGGGAUGUAUUUUGUGUCCUCUGUGUUGCUUAUGCGCAUGAGCAUGCCCCUGGAGUACCGUACCAUCGUCACUGAGGUCCUGGGAGAGCUGCAGUUCAACUUCUACCAUCGCUGGUUUGAUGUGAUCUUCCUCGUUAGUGCUCUGUCCAGCAUCCUCUUCCUCUACCUGGCACACAAGCAGGCACCCGAGAAGCACAUGACCCUGUGACCUACUGAAUGACCACCUCUGAGGGAGCUGGACUAAAGUGUUAAGCUUCUCCUUCCUUCUGUUUCUCUUUUUAAUUCUACCAGGACUGAAUUUCCUGAAUCAGGAAGAGCCUAAACAGUGCUGGUUUGGUUCAAAGGUAAAGGGUAUUUGGUUGACUACUCGAAGUAUACUAGGGUUAUUGGUCCAUGAUGGUAUUUUAAUUAAUGUUUUUCUCUAAAAAAAAAAAGAUGAGCAAGUGUUUGUUUUUUUGUUUUGUCUUUGUUCACUGGAUCAGACAUACAGUCAGCAUUGCUAGCAACAUAGUCAAUACAAUGAUAAUUCAACUUCCUGUGUAUCAUCAUAUGAACAGAAAAACCUUACAAAAUGUAUUUGUCCAUGUGUGAAAUUUACAUACAAUAAAUGAACAUCUUGUUUUCAGAACAUAA